UGUGUGAGAGAGAGAUUGGCGAUAUGGCAAUUGGGCAUUGUAGGGAUGUUGAAAAUGGUGAGAUUGUGAACGGUUUUGAAGAUCUAGAAAAGCCGUUCAUCCAGCCGGGGAAAAUUGUGAGUUAUGAAGAUGAUGAUAAGAAUGAUGAAAGUGGAUCCAUUUGGAUGGUUCUACUUAGCACAUUUGUUGCUGUCUGUGGCUCUUUUGAAUUCGGCUCAUGUGUGGGCUAUUCAGCUCCCACUCAGUCUGCUAUUAGGGAAGAUCUUAAUUUAUCUCUGGCUGAGUUCUCCAUGUUUGGUUCCAUUUUAACAAUUGGAGCAAUGAUUGGUGCUAUAACAAGUGGCCGGGUUGCAGACUUCCUUGGCCGCAAAGGGGCAAUGAGAAUGUCAGCUGUUUUUUGCAUUACUGGAUGGCUAGCUGUUUAUUUCUCUCACGGAGCUUGGUCUCUUGACAUGGGAAGGCUUUUCACAGGAUAUGGAAUUGGAGUCUUCUCUUAUGUGGUUCCGAUAUUUGUCGCUGAGAUAGCUCCGAAGAAUCUCCGUGGAGGACUCACUACAUUGAAUCAGCUCAUGAUUGUUACAGGAUCAUCAGUGUCAUUCUUAAUUGGAACUGUCAUAACCUGGAGACUGCUGGCUCUAAUUGGGCUUAUUCCAUGCAUUUUGCUGCUAGUGGGUAUAUGCUUUGUGCCAGAGUCACCCAGAUGGCUGGCAAAGGUUGGCCUUCCAAAGGAAUCUCAAGUUGCUUUAAGAAAACUUCGUGGCAAAGAUGCUGAUAUUACGCGUGAAGCAGCUGAAAUCCAAGUUUGUAUUCAAACCCUUGAAAGCCUUCCCAAAGCUAGAAUGAUGGAUUUGUUCGACAGCAGAUACAUUCGUUCUGUGAUUAUUGGUGUGGCAUUGAUGGUAUUCCAACAAUUUGUUGGAAUCAAUGGAGUUGGAUUCUAUGCUAGUGAAACCUUUGUUCAAGCUGGGCUCUCUUCAGGAAAAAUUGGCACAAUAGCUUAUGCUUGUGUUCAGGUUCCGAUAACCAUAGUAGGGGCAGUAUUAAUCGACAAGUCUGGAAGACGACCACUUAUAAUGACUUCUGCCACUGGGAUUUUCCUAGGCUGCAUCCUAACUGGAAGUUCCUUCUUUCUUAAGAGCCACAAUUUGUUGCUUGAGUGGGUGCCACUAUUAGCUGUUAGUGGAGUGCUGAUUUAUAUAGCAGCAUUUUCAUUUGGAAUGGGAGCAGUUCCUUGGGUGAUAAUGUCUGAGAUCUUCCCCAUAAAUGUGAAGGGAGUAGCAGGAAGCUUGGUGGUGUUGGUGAAUUGGUUAGGUGCUUGGGCAGUUUCCUAUACUUUCAAUUUUCUCAUGAGCUGGAGUUCCGCGGGCACUUUUUUUGUCUAUUCUGGAUUCUCUGUGAUGACCAUCCUAUUCGUGGCAAAGUUAGUUCCGGAAACGAAGGGAAAAACACUAGAAGAAAUCCAGGCAUGCAUCAACUCAUAGACAAUAACAGAGCUAUAUAUUGAUUGAAUGAUUAGGCUUUUGGAGAAAAUCUUCGAUUGAUCAACGCGAUUUUGGCACAAGAUUUUUGUCAGUUGGUUUCAAUAAUUCAAGCUCAAACACAGCCAGAGGAUGCAAAUGAUCUGAAUUAUGUCAUGUGACAACCAAUGGAGAAUGCAGUAAACAGUGAUCUUCAACUUGUGCCAUUGUUGAUGCAUGAGCUUGUAUACUUGAAUGAGAAAGUAGUUGGCUUUUAUUUUA